AUGUCGAGUGCCACCUUGACCCCUCCGGGACCCAAUGCGAAGCCCCUGGCGCGACUGGCUGCCUCUGAGCAUCGCCUGGAUACGCUGAGCUCCUGGCGGACCACCCGGAGUACGAUCAUCAGGCAACGCUUUGCCGAGGAGGGCUGGUUUCACAUCCCGCCACCGAAGUUCGCCAACCGCGGUCGGCCGCUCAACGACCCGUCACGCAUUCCGGUGGACUAUCUCCAGUGCUAUGUGUGCCGGCAAGGCCGCGGCCACUGGGACCGGACCGAGGACCCGCGGCAGGCCCACGUGAAUAUGAACCCCGCGUGUCCCCUUCUGAAUCUGCACUUGCAAGAGAGUCGAGUGUAUACCUUCAUGCUGCCCGAGGUGGCGGACAGCUCAUCGGCGGCUGUAUCAACUUGCGGUCGACUGACGCUGCCAAUUGACCGGUAUCCUCCCAGCUACUGGCCGCACUCUGGGGCACUUUCGCCGGAAGAAAUGGCCCGAGCUGGAUUUUUCUAUUCGCCUCGCAGCGUGACACCUGACCAGGCAUCCUGCUACAGCUGCGCCGUUUCCCUUGGCGGAUGGGAGCCCACUGACACGGCGAUUGGCGAGCACUCUCGGCGAGAUGUGGCAGCCUAUUGCGAGCAUCUGCGCGCCCUCGAUGCACAGGCCGCCGAAUCCGAUGCUCCUCGCGAGUCGGAGUAUCUAUCGCCAGCGGCCGCACCAUCAAAGCCCGCCACCGCAGCCUCACCAGGCAACCCGCCGCAGGGGUCUCUAUUGGAUGGCCGCCUCUCCCCUGCCUCGCCCUUUGUCCACUCAUGCCCGGCGAGCCCUCUUUUUGAGAUGAUGUCGGCGGCGACACACGCCGAGGCGACAUCACCAAGCGGCCGGACAUCCCAAACAACAGAUGCUUUGACCCGUUCCCCUGUCGGUGUGGUGUCGCCCCUGAACUCGGGAAAGCGCCAACGUGCUGCUCCGGAUGUGGAAGGAGCCCCACCGCGGUCAACGCGCAAGUCGCCUCGCCUGGCGCUUGCCUCCGGGGGCAGUGGCACCAGGGAUUUGGACACGUCUCCCAGGAUGGGCCCAAUGGCGGGCCCCGAGUCGCCACUACUGUCUGACUCGGCAGCCAUAAUGACGCAUCGACCGGUUCGUGGGCUCGAUUCUGAUAUCAAGCCCGAGCCCAAGUCCGAUACUGAGCCUGAGGUUGUCGAUACUGAACCUGAGGCUGCCGACACUGAACUUGAGGCUACCGACACCGAGCUUGGGACUGCCGACACCGAGCCUGAGACUGCCGACACCGAGCUUGAGACUGCAGACACCGAGCUUGAGGCUGCCGACGCUGGGUCCGAGAUUAAGCUUGAUACUGAGCCUGGGGUCGCCGUUAAUGAGAUUGAGACUCAUGUUAUGUCUAAGGAACAAAUCGAGCAGGAGGCUGAGAUCGAGAUCGACACCGAGAUGCAGACCGAGAUCGACGCCGAGAUGCAGACCGAGACCAACACCGACAGCGACACCGAGAUGCAGACUGGUAUUGCAAACGAGCAAUCCACGCCCAAACUAGAAACGCAAGUCGAGCCGGUGCCAGGGCUUGAAUCGCAACUGGUGCUAGGACCGGAGAUGGGGUCGGAGCUGCCCUCCGGACCCGAGCAGGAGCUUUCAUUCUCGUGUAGGUCGAGAACCCAAUCGAUCUCCGAUCAAGACGAACUGGUACGCCGGAUGACGGGCGAGCUGAGCCCCGAAGGGACAUUGGCGCUGGCCGAACCGAAGGAGAGCGUUUCUCCGGCAAGCAGUUUGAACCGGGUAACCACCAGUCCAAGUAUGCGGCCGAGCUUAAGCCGGAUCGCCCAAGCACCAGAGGAUGGCGCCCGGGCCUCUUGUGUAUCCUUCGCCCACCCAACACCCCGGACAUACCCGGCCUCUCCGAGCCCAACGCCGCCCAUUCCCCAAAGCCCGGCCCCUCCGACCCCAAGCCCGGUGCCUGGGUUUCGGGUGGCCGCAUCUCCGGGCACCGAUGGUCGGCCGUGCUCGCUGCAGUUGGUGACCGCGCCGGCUGGGCACCGGUCGCCAGUAACAGCCGAGCCGACUUCGGCCCCGCGGCAGCCCCGGCCUGCCUCCCCCGACGACCUGGCCACACUGGAGUCGCCGCUUUUUCAGAAUAUCGGCCCCGCCAUGGCGGCAGCCACCGGGCACGACCCAUGGACGCAUGCCACUUCAUUGACUGGCAUCCGUGGGUUGGAAACCAGCCCGGACACUUGGCUCCGGCGGCGGCUAACACAGGGGCUGCUGUUGGCGUCCGAAUCGGAGCCAGUGACCCCGGGAGGCAAGUCCCCUCGGCGCGGUGCUGGCGAUGGUGAUGCCGAUGCUGAUGCUGAUGAUGGCUGGCCGCGACCGAUCACCGCCGGGGAGGAUCCGCCAGCUGGUGCAUCGACACCCAUCGAGCAGCAGUCUCCAUCGCCGCGGUUCCCGGCACACCCGCUGAAUGUGCUGGCAUUGGGAGUGGUCCUCCCUCCGGGGCGGCCGGGCCUGGGCGCCUCUCCCCAGCGACUGCCGAAGGGCCCGACGUCGGGCCAAACUCCGCUGACGCCGGACCACCGGGCAGUCCCGGCGGCGACCGACAUUCCGGAGGCAGGGUGCCCGGCGAAACAUGUGCCGGUGGAUGAUCAAACUGGCGUGCUCCUUCCCCCAGCUUCACGCCCUGUGGAGCAGGACUCCACGUCCUCGGCCGCGGCCUCGCCGGGCAUGCGUGCGGACGCUGAUGGCAGCACUGGCGACAAAAACCCCACCGAUGCUGGCAUCGGCGAAGGCCGUGGGGCCGGCCAUGAAGUCGCCAGCCCUGGGGAGGGGGAAAUUUCGGCCCCCGCAGAAGAUGACCCAGCCGGCGACGUUGAGCCGGGCAAUGUCCUGUCCGGCCUGGAAGCCCUCCUUCCGCCGGAUUUCACGGAAGAUCAACUCCUUGCCCUGACCGUGGAGGACUUCCUGCUGAUGACGUACCGCUUCGAGAACACCAGACUUUCACGCAAACUAGACCAGGCCAUUGCCGACUACAGCCACCAGGCGUCGCUUGUGCGAUCGCGCAUUGUCCGUGCGGUGAGCGAGGCGAGUGCUUUCUCCCUGUCCGCCUCGGGAGGCGCCCAAGCCGGGGGAUCGGCAGCCGGCGGGGGAUCGGCGCCGGGCCAGCUCCCGCCGCAUUGAACAAAGCACAUGAACCGAAAGGCUAUCCCGGCCGAGUGAUCUUUCCUCGUGAUUUUCGUCGAAAAGUGGCAUGCAGAUCCGGG